GCUUCUGGAUACAAAUAUCUCGUACCGUCAUUGAAUCUAAGCCGUUCAUUCCUUAAUCUAAGCCACACAUUAGUUGGAAGGUGUAUUAAUGGAAGGCCCGUUUCUGGAGAGUUCUUUUAAGGGAGAGUUGUUCAUCUCUCUUCACACUUGUGUUUUCUCUCUCUAACUAACAAAAGUUCCGUGUCUAUAGUGCUUUUAAUUCUUUGAAGAAAGAAAAAAAAUCUAAUCACUUUUUGUAUUAAAGGGGCUGGAGAUUUGUAUUUAAUUUGUCGACAAGACAGGAAAUAUUCUGGGGGGUUGAUCGGUUUUUGGUGGAUAUUCAAGUAUGGUAGACAAAAGCAAUGAUUAUUAUGCAGUUUUGGGAUUGAAAAAGGAAUGCACUGAAACAGAGCUUAGGAAUGCUUAUAAGAAACUUGCACUGAAAUGGCACCCAGAUCGCUGUUCAGCAUCGGGGAAUUCGAAGUUUGUAGAUGAAGCAAAGAAGAAAUUUCAGGCAAUUCAAGAAGCAUAUUCUGUGUUAUCGGAUGCAAACAAAAGGUUUCUGUACGAUGUAGGAGUUUAUGACUCUGGUGAUGACGACGACGAAAAUGGCAUGGGUGAUUUCCUGAAUGAAAUGGCAGCUAUGAUGAGCCAAAAUAAGUCCAAUGAAAAUCAGGAAGAAACCUUUGGGGAAUUGCAGGAUAUGUUUGACGAAAUGUUCAACAGUGAUAAUGGGAUGUUUUGUUCUUCUCGGACUGGAACUCCUUCAAUGUGUUCUACUUCAUCGUCUACAUCUUCCAGUGAGACCUUUUUUACCUUUUCCAACAAAAGAAGUUCAGGUGAAAUGAAGUCGGGUAAAGGCGAUUCUUGCCAAUUCCAAGGAUUUUGUGAAGGGACAGGUGGAACAUCUGGAAAAAGCAAUGAAAGAGAACGGAGUAGGAGGAAAAAUUCCAAGAGUGGACGGAAGCAAUAGGAUGGAUGCUAAAAGGCAAAAGGUUCUAUCAUGAGUUUUAUCAAAUUAAGGAUAGGGAAAAUGAAUAGAACUGCAGCUGCCUGCUUUAAUCCAUGUCUUUUUGUGGCUGUUGUUUCUUAUUUAGGAUCAGAGUUGUUUCUUUUUCACAGAAAGUAGGAUCUUCUUUCAACUAGUGUAUUGUAAUUCUAUCUACCUAAA